CCGGUGUGUGUCGACCAUCAGAGGACCGGAUCCUUGGAGCUUUCUGCACACUCACGUUUCCAUCAGAGGAUAUUUUACAUUUACCACAGGUCACCUGUAACUGGUUGGAGCAGAGGAGAACAAAUGGAGAAGCAGCAAAGAGAAAGAGGAUGAGAGAGAGCGAGAGAGAGCAGGACCCAUGAGAUUCCCCCUGCACAAUGGGAGCCCUUCGCUCUGCUGGCUUUUGAUUUGAAAAGAAUAAAAGGAGACUUUGCCUAAAGAGGGCCAAGGGGAUUUUUGACAUCACUUCAGCGUUUUGACCUUUUGGUGGAAGUCCUUCUUUUCCGUCUUUGUAGGAGUACUCAUGGCUGUUCACUAAACCACUCAUCCCUUUUCUAUCUACGCCCUGCUCCUUCUUCUUCUCACCUGGUGUCAGUGCAUUGCCAUGGAGAAGACAUACUCACUGACUGCCCACUAUGAUGAGUUCCAGGAAGUGAAACAUGGCAGCCGCUACAGCAGCGAUGUCCUCAGCAACGGUAUGACCCUUCACCUGGGGGGCAGCUUGGACCGCCAUGUUGGACGAGGCCGUGGAGGGACAAUGUCCAACGGUCGCAACCGAGAUUUAAGCAGCACCAGCAGCGGCGGGGGGCUUCCUCGGUGGAGCCGGAGGGAGAUCUGCCUCCUCUCCGCGCUGGUCUUUGCGGCGGGCAUGUGCGUCAUCUUGGGCAGCAUGUUGGCGCUCAAGUACAUCUCCCUGGACGCCCAGCAGGAUCCGCAAUGUCGGCAGGACUGCCAGCGCAAACGCUCGCUGCUGCGGGCGGCGCGCUUCGUGCAGUCCAACAUCGACCCGACCAUCCAGCCCUGCCAGGACUUCUACUCUUUCGCGUGUGGCGGCUGGCUGAGGCGCCACGGCAUCCCCGAGGACAAGCUAAGCUACGGCAUCAUCACCGCCAUCGGGGAGCACAACGAGGAGAAGCUGCAGCGCCUCCUGCUGGAGCCGAUACAGAGGCAAGGGCCCGACUCGGCGGAGCGUAAAGUCAAGGAGUUCUAUCGAUCCUGCAUGAACAUCCAGGAGAUCGACAAGCUGGGAUCUGACCCCAUGACGGACGAGAUUGACAGCUGUGGGGGGUGGGACCUGGUCGGGGCUCCUCCCAGUGCGGCGGGUUGGGAGAGGGAGGGCGCCCCCCAGAGGCCGGACUUCAACGAGCUUCUGUACAGGACCCAGGGAGUUUACAGCACCGCCGUCUUCUUCUCCCUCACUGUCAACGUGGACGACAAAAACUCCUCCAGGAACGCAAUCAGGGUGGAUCAGGAGGGACUCACUCUGCCUGAGAGAAGCCUCUACCUGGGACAGGAUGAGGACAGUCUGAAGAUCCUGGCGGCGUACAAGGCCCUGAUGGAGCGCCUGCUGAGCAUGCUGGGAGCUCACAACGCCACCCAGAAGUCCAAGGAGAUCAUACAGCUGGAGACGCGUCUGGCCAAUAUCACUGUGUCAGAAUAUGAUGACCAAAGAAAGGACAUCAGCACCAUGUAUAACCGCAUCACCCUCCGGCAGUUACAGCGCAUCGCUCCCAGUCUCCACUGGAAACGCCUGCUGGACCAAAUCUUCCACGACAACUUCUCCGAGGACGAGGAGAUCGUGGUGCUCGCCACCGAUUACAUACAGAAGGUCUCCGACAUCAUCGAGACCACCUCGAAAAGGGUCCUCCAUAACUACAUGCUGUGGCGCAUCGUGGCGGCGCUCAGCGAGCACCUGUCCACCGCCUUCCGCAGCACCAUCCACGAGUUUUCUCGGGAGAUCGACGGCACCGAGCAGCAGCUGGAGCUCGGCCGGCUCUGCCUCACGCAGGCCAACAAACACUUCGGCAUGGCCCUGGGAGCUUUGUUCGUCCAGCAGCACUUCUCCUCGCAGAGCAAGGCCAAGGUACAGGAGCUGGUCGAGGACAUAAAGCACUCCCUGGACCUCCGGCUGAAGGACCUGGACUGGAUGGACGAAUCCACCAAGGAGGCUGCCAGGGCAAAGCUGAAGCACAUGAUGGUGAUGACAGGAUACCCCGACUUCAUGCUCAAACCUGAGCUCAUAGAUCAAGAAUACGGGUUCGAUGUGGACGAGAAGACGUACUUCAAGAACAUCCUCAACAGCAUCAACUUCAACAUCAAGCAGUCCGUCAAGAAGAUCCGGGAAGAAGUGGACAAGACGGCGUGGCUUCUCCCCCCUCAAGCCCUUAAUGCCUACUACCUCCCUAACAAGAACCAAAUGGUAUUUCCUGCCGGUAUCCUUCAGCCGACUCUCUACAACCCUGAGUUCCCACAGUCUCUGAACUACGGAGGAAUAGGAGCGAUCAUUGGCCACGAGCUAACACAUGGAUAUGAUGACUGGGUGAUGCAAUGGUUCAUGUCCCUAGGGGGCCAGUACGACCGCCAUGGCAACCUCAAACAGUGGUGGACGGAAGAGUCCUACAGAAAGUUCCAGAAGAAGGCCGAAUGCAUCGUCAAGCUCUACGACAACUUCACCGUUUACAACCAGAGGGUGAACGGUCGUCUGACGCUGGGGGAGAACAUAGCAGACAUGGGAGGGCUCAAACUGUCGUACUACGCGUAUCAGAAGUGGGUGAGGGAACAUGGACCUGAGAGGCCGCUGCCGGGCCUCAAAUACACACACGAGCAGCUGGUCUUCAUUGCCUUUGCUCAGAACUGGUGUAUGAAGAGAAGAUCUCAGUCCAUCUAUCUUCAGCUACUGACUGACAAACAUGCUCCGGAGCACUACAGGGUGAUCGGCAGCGUUUCCCAGUUUGAUGAGUUUGCCCGUGUGUUCCACUGUCCGAAGAGCUCCCCGAUGAACCCUGCGGAAAAAUGCUCCGUGUGGUGACCUCUCAUCCUCUACACUCCACCCGCCUGUUUGACAUCGGGAUGACCUUCAUCGUCACAGCGUCCUACGUCCACAUUCGUCAGAGCCAACAGGAUGACACAUAAAACCUCUUCUUGCCUGUAACAUCUUACGCUUGUUGUUUUAAAUUCUGGAAGCCUAAACAACUGUUUUUCUGUACUAACCAACUUAAAGCAUGGGUCACAUGACCACUGAUCAUGUGCAUAUAUAUCAUUUUAUUAUAAAUAUAUUUUUCUAUGUUUAAAUUUUACUUUCAAAUCAUCUAUUUUUCUAUUUUAGCAGAUAUAUCACGUGCAUAGAAUUCAUAAGCUAUUUGUUUUUUGUUUAAUUAAGCAACAUGUUUCUCUUCUUUUUGGCGUCAACUCGAAAAACCUUCAGUGUAUCAGAUUUAAAUAUUGGAAGCAAACCAGUGAUUUCAGACCCCGACAGAUUUUAAAUUAAUCUGAGAUCAGUAGCAUCAUUGUGCCUGCCCCCAAAAAAUGCAGCUGUCCUUUCCUGUUUUUUGAUUUGUCAUCGCGGUGCCGCCCUCUUGUGGCCGCAGACAGCGAUGGUCACCGUUCAGCCGUCACGACUGUCGUAUCGUUUGCCUGCAUUUGGUCUCUCUUGUUGCUGUGAGUGUUUGUACGGUUUUUAAGAUUUGUCCAACUUUUUUAGAAAU